AUGCCUCGAGAUGUGGUCGAUGUUGAGACUCCUCCAGACGGAGCAGAUUUAGACUUAGACAUUCACGCGAGCCAUGCCCUCCUUGCAAAGCCAGCGCAGAGCAUAAGAAGUGUCCAAAGCCGACGGGACACGCAACGGAACCGUCAAGAAGUCUUCGAACUGGAUGGUAUCCCUCCCAUUAUUAAGUCGGCAAAUGGCAAUGUAUUUUGGGCUGAUGAGCAAUGUACGCGGAGAGUGGGUCUCACUUCGACGGAAGCCCGCCUGCUUUUAGGUCUUCUCCAGACCGAUGAGCCCGAAGACUACAACUAUGAAGAGUAUAAAGCCAUGUUCGAGGACUUUGGAAGAGAACAGCAAAGGCUACAGCAGCUGGUCAAUAGUAUCCACUGGUGGGACUUUGAAUCUUAUUAUCAGAAGGGUAUCUGGAACGCGAGGAUUGACUGGCUCGAGAGGAUGAAGGGACCCCGGCUCUGGCUUCUUUUCUUAAUGGCAAGAAGGAGAAGAAUCUUAAAGCAAGCUGCAAUAAGAGUGAUGGAACGCUUGCGAGAAAAGCGGAUCAUGAGAGAGGCAGGCAAUGGCUCACUACACCACCCAUCCCAGUCAAUCAGUAUAUCGCAACUACAGGGCGAUACAGACCAGGUCCCUUUAACCAAUGACGCUGUGCAGGCAUCAGAAGUACAGUUGCGCUCUAUGUCUCUCCGAUCUCCACCGGUGAUGGUCUGUGAUGUAAGCCAAAUAUCAGAAAAUCACUUGGAAAUCUCUGGCAAUACACCAUCAGUAAGUGAGAAGCUAGGGUCGAGCUUUAGCUCAGGCCAUCAUUCGUAUUCAUUACAUGGCCACAGUCCUGUCUUCGACAAGCGUUUCCAGGCAACCCGAGAACAUAUCAAACUUCAGGUUGAGCUUUUCAUGCCUAAGCCUAUGCCAUACAUUACGAUCGGAUGGUUCUCCACCGCGACCACUGACCCUAAAGAACGCGUUCUGCAAUUCAACGAACCGGAGGACUUAUUUAGGGCUCUCAGAAAAGGGGAGAACGAAUGCGAUAUCUCCCGUGGCGCGCACCUCCCUCUCAUUCUCAACACAUCACAAGAAAGCGUCCUCUCCCAAUUCUUCCUCGCCUACAAGGUCUCAAAUCGCCAUGCCGACGAUGCUGUAGCUAUAGCGUGGCAAAAAUGGGUUUACAAAAACCUGAAUGGGUGCAAGAAUAAUCCACUGGAAGGAAGGUACUCCCUAGAACUAAUCUAUGGCUGGUCGAGCUAUCGACUCGGCGCCGUUGUGGGUAUCCCUUUAUUGCUAUCUUUUGCGAUCCCCGUAUGGUAUAUGGUAGCAAUUGAAGAUGUUAUAACGGCGUGGACUAUUGGGAUUUAUAUUGUUACUGCUGCUGCAGCUCUAAUUGCGCUUAUGACUAUCUUGGGGAGUUUGGGGGAUAACUGA